GUCAGGGGAAGUGUCGUUGGUAAGCGGGCGUUUCUCGAUGUCUGUUUAUAAGUGAAGAAAACAAAAUAACACUACACGAGCCUUUUUAGAUAUCUAAGACGGUCCUGAUUUUACAUACGGACAAUGGCUGCUCAGUUCUGGAAAUACAUCCCGAAGACUCCGAGCGAAAAGGGCGCGUUUGCCUUCAUUAUCAUCAUGGGUUUCAGCAGCCUUUAUUACAUGCUCUUUGUCGUGCAUCCAACAAUAUUUCAAGAAGCAACACCAUGGUAUUGCAUCCAUUUAGCUUUCAUUGCUUUUGAAGCCAUGAACGUUCUAGGAAAUUUUUGGUACAUUCUCAGCACGGACACGACCGAGGGCAAUGUUGUUCUUCCUAGCACUUUGAAAGCUGGGUGGCGAUACUGCACGGCAUGUGAGGCCAACUUUCCCCCUCGCUCCCACCAUUGCCACACGUGUAACCGAUGCAUACUGCAGAGGGAUCAUCACUGCUUCUUUACGGGGAACUGCAUCGGCUUUGCCAACCACCGUUACUACCUUUGUUUCACCCUUCAUGUGGCCAUAUCUGGGUUUUAUGCCGUUAUAAUGAAUGCUGACUACACUUGGGCCGUCCUAGGUGGAUUGUCUUGGACUUCACUAGUUUCUAUGGCGUUACCAAUUGUCUCUUGGAUACUUGGACUGUCAGAGACCUACACCUUUGCUGUGGCAUUUCUCAGCGCUGGUUGCAUAAUAGCAUUCCUAUUAGCGUCCGCUCUAACUGGGUACCACUGUUUGCUCAUUUUCAAUGGACAGACAACUUACGAGAGAACACACAAUGUGAAGCAGUAUAAUCUUGGAUGGAUGGAAAAUGUGCAUCGGGCUGUGGGUGAAAACUGGAUAGCUGCAUGUUUGUUUCCUUUUGCACCGCUGAAAGUGAAAGGGGAUGGAUUUAAGUUUCCACAAAAAGGCGAGUUUGAGGACAUUAAAGAUAUGUGAAAGGAUCCCCUCUGAAAAUUAGUCUUAUGAAAUAAUUCACAGGAUAAAUGUUAUCAAGAACUUUUUUUGUUUUCUGGAGACCUAUAAUUUUGCUAUGGCUCUAUUAAGAGCUUGUUGCAUAAUAACUGUUUCUUACCAGUGACAUUUCAAAUAAAGUGGAUACCACUGUUUGUGACACCAAAGACAUGUAAGGAUAUUUCUACCUACAAGAUAUUACUUGGCUUUUAAAUGGGUCUAACAGAUAUUUUCUACAAUUCUAAAAUCAGGAUUAUAUAGCGUUUGCUUUAUUACCAAACAUGUGACCAAGGACUUUACCAAAUGUGAUUAUGUUUAAAUGUGUGAAGUGACAUGUGAGAAUCUGUGAUGCAAAAAAAUAUGUAUAAUUUAUAAAUUAAUUGAACUAAAAAUCUAUUUUGAAGAAGAGAUUUGACUUGCUAUUUUACAAGAACAUUCAACGAGAACACAGUGAAGAAAAGGAGCCCAAAUAUGUCUUAAAUAGCAAUUCCCUAAAAUGCUAUCAAUUUACGUUUUAUGUAAUCUUGUUUUUGAUAGGUAUUUUGUAAUUUUGUAAUUGUACAGUGAUAAUGUAAUUUACUAAAUGCUGUUUUUGAUGGUUUGUUAAGUCAUGAUUUAGACAUAAGUCUUUAUCGUUAAUAGUAUAUAGUGAUUGUUUUAACAU